AAGAAGCGCGGCAUGCUUGAGGACCUGGUUCUGUGGCUGAUCAAACCGUGUAAGGGUCACGAACUUGCCAAAUUGAGAGUACUCUAUCGCUGGCUGACGUCAUGGGACACCAAGAAGUUCAAGCCUCCUCUGGCUAAGAUAGAGAAGGGGUCCGUCCUGUGGUAUAUUCUGAGGCUCCAAAACAAACAGGAAAACUACGCUUCUAUGAUGUGUUAUCUGUGUAGUUAUGCAGGACUGGUCUGUAUGGUUAUUCACGGAUUCAUGAAAGGUAGCACGUACAAGAUCGGACAGAACGUAGCUUCUAACAAGAUCAACAUGUAUGGAGAAUGGAACGCCAUCCUGAUCGAUAAUGUUUGGCGUCACGUCAACGCCUACUGGGGCGCAUGCGCUGUGACAGGCGAUGACGACGAAUCCACUACUUUUCAUCUUGAUGAAACAUUCUUCAUCCCUGAUCCGGAGAGUUUGGCAUAUACGCAUUUCCCUGACGAACCAAAAUGGCAGCUUCUAGAUCAAACCAUGUCAAUGAAGGAUUUCGAGAGAAGGGCAUAUGUAAAAGAACGUUUCUUUGAGCUGGACAUGCGCAUUCUAUCACAUCCGGAAUGUGAGAUAGUAUGCCAUGAUGAGAUCGAGAUUCUUUUUGGAAUUGCACCAAGCAAGGCAAAGCAGGUAGCGUUGAAAUGUCUUUUAUCAGUGGAAAACGAAGAGGAGGAUUGGAUCCCAGUCGAAACUGAUAAAUUCCAGCAUGACUAUGCGCAUGUGCAGAGUACAAACUCAAUUGCUGUACAGAUGCGUUUCCCAGAUAAAGGCACCUACAAAUUAGAAAUACUUGGGAAGGACCUCUUACGGGAACGCGAGGACGAGAAAUACAUAUAUGACUGGUUGGUUGUGUACAAGAUAUACGUGAAAAAGGUGGGGAAAGUCUUAGCCUUUCCCAGAUACGAUGAAACUGCUGGAUGGGGUCCAAAUUUGUUGACAGAGGAGGCGGGUGUAGUCCCAAUAGACCAGCCGUUCGCGACACUCAAUGCUGAUGGAGGUUAUCUCGACUUGGGUAUUAAAUUAGAUGACAUUGACAUCGAAGACACGGAAAUAUUUUACAAGAUGACUACAAUGGAAGAGAACUUAGACGACGUGGAAUUUUCUCAGCAGGGUAUUAUAAAGGAGGAGCACCAGAUCAUCAUUUUCAACGACAAACCCCCCGCCAAUGAAUAUUGUCUUUGUAUAUAUAUAGAAGAGGAAGAGGACUCACUUUUACUUCCGCCGCCUAGGCCGGAUGAGUUCCGGCCGCCAGUGAUGGUCAAGAAAAAUGUCUGCAACUUCCUGGUGAGGUGUACGUCGUUGUCCAAAGAUUCCAAGUUCAGGGAGAUCGACAAUGCCAGGAAAGCAAUCACAGAUGCCAACAAAGAAAAGCGUCUCGCCAACCUAGAACGGGUCGUUGAUCUUAUUGAGACAAAGGAUUUUGAGCGUUACAUGGCGGCAGAAACGAAAUAUGGGCGGGAACUAAUCGUGCGCCUGCGCAAACUGCAAAACAAACUUCACGAGGUCAUGAUCAUUGACACAGAGAGCAUAAUGAGAAUCCGUGACCUCGUUGACCCUCCCCCGGAAGUGUUGGCUGUGAUGAAGUCCCUGCUUCUAUUCUUGGGUCAUUUCGACGAAGAAUUACGACAAUGGAGUGAUGUCAAGAAGAUAAUUGGCCGUUCAGCCAAGCUGGCACUAAAAAGGCGUAUCGGUGAAUUCGACAUCAACGACCUGGAUCUCGAAAUAGCGCUUGGAGCAAAGAAGUUGUUGGGAACCAUGGAAUUGGAAGAUGUUAGAGCUAUCGAUAAAAUCCUGGCAGUACUUCUCAUGGAUUAUGUGUUGGCGGUGGUGGAGGAGAUGGAAUUACGAAACCCCAAAAAGCUUGAGUUGACACUACCACGAACGACCAGGGAGAAGAUUGAGAGGAGCAAAAAAGUCAUCGCUCUUCUUACUAUGACCAAGCCUAAAGUUGAACCUGAAGAAGAAUUCGAAGAAUAUGAUUUCUUCUGAGAUUUCCACGACUGAUGAUGAAGCACGUGACCUAGCUAUUGUUGAAUGUUUCCCCAAACGAACCGUGUGGUACAUUUCAUUUCUCUACGAAGAUGUGUUUGUCCUCAAGUAGUAUUUGUCAGAGUUCGGAUUAGUAACAUCACCUGAAUUAUAGAAAUUCAGAAACAAAUAUCUGGACGCUGUUUCAAUUCCUUGAACGCGAACAAGAACGACUUUGGUAUAGCUUGUUGUGGCGGUCAAAUAUCCAUAGUACUGACAGAAAAGUGCAAACUGAUAUUAAUUACUAGUACUAUUGUAGAGGCAAAGUGGUAUCACUAGUACUAGAGGAUCAGAGGAAACAUAAAUAGUCAUAGCGAGAAAACAAUAAUGUCAACGAUCGGUCAAUGUGAUAACGACAAAAGUGAAAGGCUUCUAUCAUUAUUGAUCGGGCUACUUUUUUUAAACAAGAGGCCCAUGGGCCUUAUCAGUUUUGAUAUGCUUACUGAGAGAUGAUGUAUUACUUUUAAACUAACAUUUAAUACAUCUCACACCUGUGACCCUGAACGUAGGUCAAGGUAAUCCAUUUUGACAAAAUUGCACUCGGAACAAUGACCGUAGAGAAUCGGCCGAGGUGUUCCGAGUGGACAAAAUUGUUAGCCCUUCAUCCCAGCAUGCAACCGGCUGGGUUGUGUUGUAAAAUCGAAAGUCAAUGUGGUUUGUGUGUCCAAUAUUGUAACUACUGGAUUAGUUGUAGGAAAAUUAUCUAUUUUAAGAAAGCUUUCAUCUAGAUUCAUUUGCAGAAAUGUUGUUAAAUUCCUUUUCCACCAAACGUAUCUGAUUUGUUUUGUAUCUGACCUUUCCGUGUUGAUGAAUAUAUAACAUGAACUAUCAGAACUUAGUUUUACAUUAUCGUUCAUGUACUGCCCAGCUUUUACUCUGUCGUGUCCAUGUACUGCCCAGCUUUUACUCUGUCGUGUCCAUGUACCGCCCAGCUUUUACUCUGUCGUGUCCAUGUACCGCCCAGCUUUUACUCUGUCGUGUCCAUGUACCGCCCAGCUUUUACUCUGUCGUGUCCAUGUACCGCCCAGCUUUUACUCUGUCGUGUCCAUGUACCGCCCAGCUUUUCCUCUGUCGUGUCCAUGUACUGCCCAGCUUUUACUCUGUCGUGUCCAUGUACCGCCCAGCUUUUACCCUGUCGUGUCCCAUGUACCGCCCAGCUUUUACUCUGUCGUGUCCAUGUACUGCCCAGCUUUUACUCUGUCGUGUCCAUGUACUGCCCAGCUUUUACUCUGUCGUGAACAAAGAGCAGGUAUCUCUUUAAGUCUCAACAGUUCAUUUUGCUGGCAGAGAUAGCUAUCACUUUUGUACGUUGUCAUCCAAAUUUACACCGUCAUUCUAAUGUACACAGUCAUCCUAAUGUACACCGUCAUUCUAAUGUACAGUCAUCCUAAUGUACACAGUCAUCCUA